AACAUGCUUCAGUAAUCGCGAAUUAAUUUCGGACAGUGUACGUGUUUGUUAUUUAACUGCUUUGUUUUGAUGAAAUUUUCGUCGUAAAUCCAAUAACUGAAAAUGUGAUAUAAAUGUUUUUAAUAAAUUUUAGCAUAAAUACGCAAUGAAAUGUUGGAUUUUUACUAUGACAUGGAUAAUAAUGUGACUGAAUAAUAUGACUGUUCUUCUCUACGAGUACUUCCAGCUGGAAGAGAGAGCCGCUCGCCAUCUUAGAGUAUGGAAAGCAUGGCAUUUAAUAAUAUUCGCUCUCGCUGCUAUAUUCGGCGUGUUGAACUACUUACUACUGUUGAACACCAUGCAGCUUGUGGACAAUCAUUGUGUGUUGUUCCCGAGAGAGCUCGCCUUUAAAACGAUUGACGUGCCAACCCUAGCAGCCUCAACAAACACACAGUCGCUCUAUAACGACACUGCUCAAGAUGCUCGCGAGGAAUCAAGUGAUUCUAGUUCGAAUUUAAAAUUAGAUAUUGUUACAGAUGACGAAAAGCGUACCGUUCUUGACACGACACGCUCCCUGUUCGGAACGGACAGCGAUUGCGAUUACGCCGAAUAUAUCCCGAUAAUAUCAUUUAUAAUGGCGAUUAUUUGGUCCACGAUGUUCACUAUGUGUCCUGGAGGAGGCCACUCCAGAUCCGGGUUGCAGCAACCUUGGACAAUCCUUCCACCAGCGCUGAUCUUCUCCAUCAUCAUGGUGGGUCUCACUGGACACAGUUUCACCACUACCAACAAAGGCAUCGAUGGCUUCUGCGCAGCCUUCUACAACAUCACAAAUUCAACGACUUGUUCAUCAGUGGAGCCUCACUUGGAGAGUUCGUGGAGCGGCCCGUGGGGUUUCGGGUCGCGGACAGCUGCCACCCGGGCCGCUAGUGCUGGCACCUGGGCCAGUUGGGCCUGCGCCUUCGCUCUCUUCAUGGCGCGAUGCCUUGUUGCGCCUGACUUCGACAUGAAGCGGACUGGGGCUUAUCUACAUGACCCUGAAAAGAAAUUGACGCCAUAUUUGAAAAAAUCUCGACGACAAAAGCCAGCAAAAUCGCCAACUACGCGAGACUCUACCUCAGUUAGGUCUGAACCUACGGGCACUACAGAAUUAGUCACAGUUUCCAUUGAACAAGGUCAAGACACUGCGCCUACUUCGCUUCAGACCACACCGGCCAAGAUUACGUUUAAAGAAAACAUUGAAAUGGUUUAUGCACCUUCUAACGGAUCCAUUUUGUAAAAUAUUACAGCUUUCCAUAUCCGACUUAAGAUGUUUCUUCCAAACAUUAGUUGAAGGCACUUUCCAGAGCGUCUCUUCAUAAUAGUUAUUACUUAUGUGUUUUAUUUAUAAAGAAAAAUCUUUAAGCUAUUUAAGUAAAAUGUAAACUUUUUAAUUGGUAAAAUCAAUACCAAGAAUUUAAUAUUUAUUUAUUCGGAAACCCAACAAUCGCACACUAAUACAUAAAUGACAUACAAAAAUAAAAAAUAUAUAUAUCUAAGUGUACAGAUAACUUACAGGGUAUCUGUUACCUUCCCCACCAUACUAUACAACUUGUUUAAAGUUAAAUAUUAUGUUAGUAAAAUUACAGUUUAUCUAAAUAUUAUGUUAAAAUUAAAAUUAAGUCUAAUACAAAACAACAGCAUUUAAAUCUUAUAAAUUCUAGUACAUUUAUUUAUAAAUGUUGUAAACCCAUCUGCACCAAUGUCCAAGUCUGGUAUUUUUUUUAGGUACUCAUUAUAUUCUCUUGCCAUUCGCUCGAUUGGAGAAUUUUUACCCAGGUUUGUAUUUACUUUCAUUAGUGCAAAAAAUGGACGUUGGCUUCGAGGGGCACUUCGAGGUACAUAAAUACAGAAUUUCGUCAGCAAGUCUGGGCUAUCAAUUAAGUUGUGAAACAGUUUAUGUAAGAACUUAAGUCUAACAAUUUACGCCUCUCUUGCAAACUCUGUAUUUUAAAGAACUCAAGCCGGCUACAGUAGCUGUCCAGUAUUCAGGGUGUAUGAAAGUUAUAAGUUAAAUAUCGUAAGAAUUUUUUUUGGAUACUUUCUAUUCUUUUGAUGUGGAUAUUGUAGCACGGGGACCAGACUUGACAACAAUAUUCGAGCUUGCCAAUUGCAAUAUUGUUUCAAAUGUAUUUUAUGGGGGGGUGACUGUUGUCGUAAGCGAGUAAGUUCUCAGUAUUUUACUGCGUCGAACGUUGUAUCAACCACUCGCGAAUAUAUG